AACUCAGACGUAGUCAGGAAGAGGAAGUGGAGUUCGCCUCAGUUGUAAAGUUUGUCAGCUAAAAACAACCAUAACAAACCUUCCGUCAUCUGACAAGUAACACUUUUACCGUUAUGGGAACCACAGCUACUAAAUUACCGAAGGAUCAGUUAUCGGAGUAUCAGGAGCUCACCUUCCUCACCAAACAGGAAAUACUGCUUGCACAUAAGAGAUUCACUGAACUCCUGGAAAGAAAUGACAGGCAACAACCCAGUUCCCGGGUACCCAUGGAUAAAAUUUGUGCUUUGCCAGAGCUCAAGUCCAAUCCGUUUCGAAGAAGGAUCUGCCACGUCUUCUCCACCUCAGACACAAAGGAUGGGAGCUUAAGCUUUGAAGACUUCUUGGAUCUCCUGAGCGCCUUUAGCGAUUCGGCAACACUUGAAAUCAAAUCACACUAUGCUUUCAGAAUUUUUGAUUUUGACGAUGAUGGCACGCUGGAUCAUGGAGAUCUCGAGAAGUUGGUGAACUGCCUUACUGGGGAGUCUGCAGACACGAGACUUACUCCUGAGGAAAUGAGUCAGCUCAUAAACAAUAUUCUUGAGGAAUCAGACAUCGAUAAAGACGGGACUGUAAACCUCUCUGAAUUUCAGCAUGUUAUCUCCAGGUCUCCAGAUUUUGUCAGUUCUUUCAAGAUUGUGCUGUGAAGACUACUGAGAACAAAAGACAUUUUUACAUCCAGCUCAUUUUCAACAUGUGUGCACUUUGCUCUUCAGCCAACAUUACUAAUUUAACAUGUUAAUUGUGGUUGUGUCUGUAUUUCACCUGCCUUUUAAACAUUUCAGUAUCUCUGUUCUUACUUUAAAAUAACUUUUAUUUCUCA